AUGGCGACACCAAAGGAGCACGUAAAGGAAAUAAGAAGAAUCAAGUUUUCGAUUGGAGCUAAAGAACCGAAUCCACUAACAGAGGAUCUUCAUCAGGCUGUUAAAAAUCUCUCUGCAGAGCUCUACGCUAAGGAUGUUCACUUUCUCAUGGAACUCAUCCAGAAUGCUGAGGAUAAUGAGUACGAGGAAGGCGUUGAUCCAUCGCUACAAUUUGUCAUAACUUCUAAGGAUAUUACAGGAACUGGAGCAGCAUCUACAUUGCUCAUCUUUAACAAUGAGAAGGGUUUUUCACCUAAGAACAUUGAGUCCAUUUGUAGCGUUGGACGGUCCACCAAAAAGAACAACCGCAAACGUGGUUAUAUUGGCGAGAAAGGUAUUGGAUUUAAGAGUGUAUUUCUAAUCACUUCUCAGCCAUAUAUAUUUAGCAAUGGCUAUCAGAUUCGUUUUAAUGAAUCCCCUUGCAAAGAGUGCAACGUUGGCUACAUUGUCCCUGAAUGGGUUGAGGAGAACCCAAUUCUUUCAGAGAUAAGACAUAUAUAUGGCUCAAAUUCCAACCUUCCAACCACAACAAUACUACUACCUCUGAAGCCUGACAAGGUGAAGCCUGUGAAACAACAGCUUUCAAGCAUUCAUCCAGAACUUUUGUUGUUUCUGUCAAAGAUAAAGAGGCUUUCUGUCAGGGAAGAUAAUGAGGACCCCAGGUGCAAUACAGUGACUGCAAUUUCCAUUACAAGUGAGACAAAUUUUGUUACAAGGAAGAACAUCGACGCUGAAUCCUACCUGCUCCAUCUCUCUGCUGAUGAAAGAGGUGGUGAAGAAUGCAGCUAUCAUAUGUGGAGGCAGAGAUUUCCUGUCAGACCGGAAAAUAAGGUAGAAAGAAGAAUUGAAGUUGAAGAAUAUGUGAUCACAUUGGCUUUUCCCAAUGGAGAGCGUCUCAACAGAGGAUCAACCUCCCCUGGGAUCUAUGCAUUCCUUCCCACGGAGAUGGUUACAAACUUUCCUUUCAUAAUUCAGGCAGAUUUUCUUCUGGCAUCAUCAAGGGAAACAAUCCUUUUGGAUUGCAAUUGGAACCAGGGUAUUCUUAAUUGUGUGCCAUCUGCUUUUGUUAAUGCAUUUACUUCACUUGUGAAAGAGAAGGAAGAUGCUCCUGUUUCCAUUCUGCCACGGAUGUUUGGCUUCUUACCGGUCAUGAGUUCUCCCUAUGCUCUGUUUAAUUCUGUGAGAGAAUCAAUCCAAUCAAAACUGAUGGAAGAAAGUAUUAUUCCUUGUGAAUCAUACACACAGCAGAAGUUUUUCCAUAAACCUCACGAAGUUGGAAGAUUAAGGCCUGCUUUCUGGAAUUUGUUAAAGAUGGCUAGGCAACAAGGAGUGUGCUUGGAUAACAUCUCAACCCACGGGAAGUAUAUUUUAAGCUCUGCAUUUGAUGAGGAGGAGUACGAUCACCUUCUAAAUUUUUUGAAAGUAGAGUAUGUUAAUGAUGAAUGGUAUGCAAAGUGUGUCAGGAGUUCCAAUCUUGUUCUGGGAGGAUCCGAAGAUCUUUAUUUAGAACUUCUUUUGUUCGCUGCUGAAAAUUGGAGGUCCUUCUCAAAUACUAGCCUUGUGGACAUGCCACUUCUUAAGUAUGUAGGUGCACAAUCUCAAGUGUCUCUGUGUAGAAUAAAUGAAGUCUCACAGCAACGAGAAAUUCUUUUAUCCAACACGUCCAAUCGAAUCUCUUGGCUGAUUGAUUGGAAUGGAGAGUUCCUAGGUGUUAAUAAUCGGUUUUUCCUUCCUGAGUCGACACAAUGUGAAAUUUGUUCACAUUCCAAAAGGCAGACGAUAUGGGAUUGGCUCAUGAAGGAAGUGAAGGUUAGUUGUGUAAGUGUCUAUACCUAUGCUCUCCAUUUGAGCAAGGUGCUUGGCAGUGACAGAAAACGUGUCGUUACCUAUGUCCAUUUCCUCUAUCACUCACUUAGAAAGAACUACCUGUCCACAACAGAGGUUGAUUGUGCAGCUGGUUCUAUGCCACUUGUUAAUAACUAUGGGCAGGUGAUCGUAAGUAGACAAGGGGUUCUUGUCCCUGCUAAUGGAAGCCGUUGGGUGCAACUUAUUGGUUCAAAUCCAUGGAGAAAUGAAGGUUAUGUUGAACUGGGAGAGGACUAUUUGUAUUCAGGAAAUUAUGCAGGUGUUCUUACCAAGGAGAAAGAACUACUUCAAUUUCUUAAAUCUCAUGUUGCAGCUUCAGAUAUACCUGAUUUGCCCCCUCCAGAUGCUCAGAUACCAAGUUUCUUUUCUUUAUUAACCAAACAAAAUGCAUUCUUGCUUUUAGAGUGGAUUCGUAACCUGAAAGAGAAGGGUCGUUACAUGCCAAAAAACUUUUUUAACUGCAUAAAGAAUGGAAGCUGGCUUCGGGUUUCGCUCAGUGGCAGUGUUAGCUACAAGCCACCGUCACAAUCGUUCCUACUUACCUCUUCAUGGGGAUGCCUUCUUCAAAAUGGAUCAGUGCUUGUUGAUAUACCAUUGGUAGAUCAAAGUUUUUAUGGCAAAGAAAUAUCUAACUAUAAGGAGGAGUUGAGAAAAGUCGGGGUUAUGUUUGAAUUUAAUGAAGCAUGUGAGUAUAUUGGCAAGCAUCUUAUGUCGAUGGCAGAUUCAUCCACUCUAACUAGAGCCCAUGUUUUCUCAAUACUGAAUUUCAUCAGAUUUUUGAGGGACAGACUUCUUCCUCCUGAUGACUUCAUCAACAGAAUAAAGGAUAGAAGAUGGCUACGGACUUCCCAAGGUGAUAGGAGCCCUCUGGAUUCUGUGUUUUAUGAUCAAGAAUGGGAGGCUGCCUCUCAAAUUAGUGACAUUCCAUUUAUUGAUCAUGACUAUUAUGGAGCAGAAAUUAUUUCUUUUCGUGAGGAACUUCAGCUUCUUGGUGUGGUAGUUGGCUUCCGUGGAAAUUACCAACUUAUUGUCGACAACUUAAAAUCUCCAUCUUGCUUUACGUAUCUGGCAGCUAAAGCUGUUCUUUUGAUGCUGGAGUGUAUGCAUCAUUUAAGCUCAUCUGACAAACUUGUUAGAAUUCUUAAAGAUUCGAUGCUCCUGAAGACAAAUAAGGGUUACAAAUCUCCAGCUGAAUGUUAUCUGUUUGAUCCUGAAUGGGGUUGCCUUCUGCAAGUUUUCAACAGUUUUUCUCUUGUUGAUAUCCAAUUUUAUGGAGACAGCAUUUUGUCAUUCAGAAAUGAAUUGGCAAAAAUAGGAGUGCUCGUUGAUUUUGAGGAAGCAACAAAAGCAUUUGCUCGUGUGUUUAGGCAGCAAGCAUCAUCGUCUUCCAUAAAUAAAGAUAAUGUCCUUUCAUUUCUCGCAUGCUACAAAAAGUUGAAACACAUUGGUUUUAAAUUUCAUUCGGAUCUCAAGAAGUGCAUUCGAGAGGUUAAAUGGCUGCGCACUCGACUUGCUGAUUGCAGAGCACCAAAAGACUGCAUUCUGGUUAGCCCAGAUUGGAUAUCUAUCUCUUCGAUAUCUCUAUUGCCUUUUAUUGAUUAUGGUGAGAAUUACUACGGCAAGGGUAUUCUCAAGUAUAAAGAGGAGCUUAAGAGCAUGGGAGUUGUUGUUUCUUUUAAAUGCGGUGCUAAGUUUGUGGCUUCAAGUCUUCGUUUACCUCAAGAUCCUAGCAGCAUCACGGCUGCAGCUGCAUACUCAUUGUUGGAAUGCAUUAGGAAUUUGCAAGAAGAGUCGAAUGAGCCUUUAAUUGCUACUCUUUCGCAAAACGCUGCCCAGGAAUGGAUAAAGACGCAUGUCGGUUAUAGGUCUCCAGACAAGUGCCUGCUGUUUGGUUCUGGUUGGGGUUCUACCUUAUCUCGAGAGGACGGGCCUUUCAUUGAUGAAACAUUUUAUGGCCCUAGCAUAAGUUCUUAUUCAAAAGAGCUAAAUGCGUUAGGAGUUGUGGUUGAAAAGAGAAAUGGAUGCUUGUUGCUUGCCAGUUACCUCAACACACAUACAAAUUUUAUGGUUAUCAAGCGGAUCUAUUCUUACUUAAAUGAAUUGAACUGGAAACCCACAGGUGAAGAUGCUGCAAAAAUAUGGAUUCCAAAUGGUUCUAAUGAUGGUGAAUGGGUAAGUUCUGAUGAAUGUGUUCUUCAUGACAAAGAUGGUCUAUUUGGUCAGCAGUUGAACGUUUUGGACAAGUAUUACGAGAUGAAAUUGCUGAAUUUCUUCUCUAAUGCUCUAGAAGUUAAAAGAUUUCCUUCUCUUGCUGACUACUGCAAGCUUUGGAUGGAUUGGGAGGAUUCUGGCCACUUAUUAUCUAGUGAUGAAUGCAUUGCCUUUUGGGAAUUCGUUGCCAAGCAUUGGAGUUUAGUGACACAGAAAGUUCUUUCUGAGAACUUUCUGAAACUCCCAGUUUUGUCUGGUUCAGAUGGAAUUUCGUUGAUGGACAAAUAUGACGUCUUCAUUGCAGAUGAUCUUUGCCUGAAGGAUCUUUUUGAACAGUCUGCUUCCCAGCCGCUAUUUGUCUGGUAUCCUCAGCCAAGUUUGCAAUCCUUGCCCAGAAAUAAGCUGCUUGAUAUUUACAGCAAAAUUGGAGUGCGAAAUUUAUCUGAAUAUGUUCAGAAAAGUAAGCAAUCUGCAUUCGACGGCGUUGCUCCCACACAGGUGAAUUCAAGAGAGGUUUUCAUUGAAAGAGGAUUGUUUAAACUAAUUCUUGGUUUUCUUGCUGACCUCCAAAUUGAAGUACAGAAGAGGCACGAUGCUCUGAAGGGCUUGCUUGAAAUUACUGUUCUUGAGACACCAACACCAAUAACUGUGGAAUACAGUUUACCACUUAAAUCGGGGAAAAUCAUAAAUGUCAGUGCGAGAAGAUUGAUGCGUUGGGAGAGAGAGAGAUAUUUUUGGAGGAUGAAGAAUUUCUCUCUUCUGCCUUCUCUUCUUGUUAGGUUGAAGUUGGUUACAUCUUUGCAGAUAUCAGACUAG